AUGGAGAACGCCGAUCCCUUCCUUCAAGUCCAAGUGGACGUCCUGUCCACACUGCAAGCCAGCCGCCCCCUCUUUUCCUCAUACCUUCGCAUCCGCUCUCUAGCGAAGAAUCCAAACAAUCCGGAGCUGAAGCAAUCGCGCUCGGAGCUAGAAACCACAUUAACAGAGCUCAGCGCCGACCUCGACGACCUAGUUGAGAGCGUGCGCGCCAUCGAACAAGACCCCUACCGCUUCGGACUCGAGCUCGAAGAGGUGCAGCGACGGCGCAAGCUCGUCGACGAUGUCGGAGCGGAAGUAGAGCAGAUGCGCCAGGAGCUGCAGCAAACGGUGUCUCACUCUGCAACUGCCGAGGCGGCGACCGAUUUGCCUAAUCCAACGGAAUUCGAUGCGGCGCUAGAAGAGGAGGAGCGCCAGCGUGGGGGUGGCGGUGAUGAUUACUAUGCUUCAUUGGAGCAGCAGCGGCAGACGGAGCUCAUGCAUGAGCAAGACGAGCAGUUGGAUGGAGUGUUUCGAACAGUUGGGAAUCUACGGCAGCAAGCUAAUGAUAUGGGGCGCGAGUUGGAGGAUCAGGCUAUCAUGGUGGAUGAGGUUGACACCUUGGCCGAUCGAGUUGGUGGGAAAUUGACAAAUGGAAUGUCGCGAAUCAGACACAUUGUUCGCCAAAAUGAGGAUACAUGGUCCUCCUUUUGCAUAGCGGCGCUCAUUUUUGCGCUUGUGCUAUUAUUAAUUCUUCUUAUUGUCCUGUGA